AGCUUGUAGCUAUGCAUUUUCAUAUAUGAGGCUUCUUAUAUGUGUAUUCGUCAAUGAUGUUUGUAAAUCGUUGGAGAUGUCAAAAGAAAUAUCUGGGAUCUGGAGUAAUAUACAACUAUAGCAAAAUAAAAAUUAUAUUGCUCACUUUUUUCUCUCUCACGGUUUAAUUAUUAUUACGAAAAAUGGUUCGCACCGAUUGGGACCGAAUACUAUCUGUAAAUGUUUCAUCUUUAACAGACGAAGAAAUCGAAGAUCUCUUUCCGACAGUGAUUCGAUGUGAUGUAAACGAGAUUACCGAUGUAUAUAAUUUACGGACACUCAUGAGAUUAUCGCAAGAAAUGUUGACUUAUAAAGAUAAUCAAGUUGAGGCCUUACUUCUUGAGUGCGGUGAAUUGAAAGAAACAAUAGCUUCUUUACGUCCAGAGGUUGCUAAACGAAAAAUCAAAGAUCAAGAUAUAUCUGCAAUAAAACAAGAAAGUGAUGAUUUUACUAAAGAUACAGAAUAUGCUACUUGUCCAGAUACACAAGCUAGAUAUACAGAUACAAAUGAAAAAGUUAAAACACUUAUGGUUGAAUUAAAGGGUUUAGACAAGGAGAAUGAAAUUCUUAAAAAACGAUUAAUGACAUUGAAAGACGAAAUGGAGGAUGCAACAGAAAAAAUGAAUGAGAUGACACAAGAACUUCAUUCAACUCAAAUAAAAGUUACAGAAUAUGAAGAUAAGAUUCAAAAAUUAGAACAAGAAAAUAAAGCUUUAGUUAUUCAAAUUGAAGAUAUAACUGCACAACAAAUAGAUAGAGACAAAAUGUUAGAUGAAUUUGGACUAGCUAUUGAUACUAGAAUAUCUGAAUGGAAGGGCAUAUUAGAUGAAAAAGAUAUGGAAAUUGCACAUUUAAAACAAAGUGUAUCACAAUCUUUAAUGCAAUCUGUUACAUCAGCCAAAGAAGAAAAUAAAUCACAGAUUAUUCAUUUAAAUGAUGAAAUAGCUCGUCGGGAUGCAAUUAUAGUCGAAUUGCAAACAAAACUCUCUGAUGCAAUUGUAGAAAUCAAUGAGAGUGCUGCACUUAUAGAAAAAUUAAAGGCACAGGAAACCCAAGAGUCUGUAAAAAGCGAUAAACGGAAAGAGCAAAAAAGUUUACUGAAAAAAAUACAAAUUGCCAAUGAAAAGAUCUCUAAUUUGGAAAAUGCAUUAUCCCAAGCACAGGAUGACGCCAAAUCACAAAGUAGUAAAUUGUGUGAGGUAUUAUCUACCUUAAAAAAUUAUGAAGAUGGAAAUCAAACUUUAACCAAAGCAUUAAAUGAAAUUAAAGAAUUAAAAAUUAAAAUAAAUCACAAAAAUGAACAUAUCGAAGAUUUAGUCAAUGUUAUUAAUAAAUUGGAGAUGUUAAAUUCAUAUCAAGAAAUGGAGAUCUUAACUCUUAGAGAAAAGUUAGGGAUUCCAGAGGAUGAAUCAAUAUCAAUUAAAAGUGUUAUGGCAAAACGUAAAGAGGAAUCAAGAAGAUUGGAACAGUUUAUUCAACAAAAUAAAAGCCUCAUAGAAGAAAAUUUAGAAUUAAAAUCAGAUAUAAGGAUGUUGAAGUAUAAAUUGAGCAAGUCUGAAAAGAUAUUAGAUAUUCCAGAUAAUUUAGGUGAUUUUAGUAAUCAGUUUUUACAUUCAACUAAAUUGAUGGAACCAGAAAAUAUGCAAGUAUCUUCUAGUAAUGAUAUCUUCGAAGUUAAUCAAAAUAUUCAGAUAAUUAUAGAAGAAAAUGAGGCACUUAGAAAAGGCAUGCAUGAAAUCAUGGACAGUAUACGCAAUCAAGAUGGUAAAAGCGAGGUAGAAAUACAAUCCAGUACAUUGGAGCGAUUGUUAGAAGCUUUGGACGUUAGACAUUUAGCUGGCUGGUACCAUCCAGCUAUGAGAUUACAGGAGCAUCUUAAUGUUGUUCAAGGCAGUAAUACUGAAUUAAGAUCACAACUUAGAUUAUUGAGGAAAGAAUUGCAAAAGAAGGAUAAUAUAUUACAAGACUUAGCAACAAUUAAAAAUAUAGAUUUAGAAAGUUUGUUUGAGAGACAUAGUGAGGAUGAAGCAAUAAUGACGUAUCUCGCAGAAAUGAAAGCUUUGCAAACGGCAUAUAAAAACGAGGCAGAAGAAUGGGAAAAGCAGAAAGAUUUGUUAAUUCAGGAAAGUAAUGAAUUAAAAGAUGAAAUAGAUGGUUUAAAAAAGCAAUUGGAAGUUUAUAAAAAAAAUUGGCAAAUUAUAGAAAAUGGAGACGAUGAAAUUCGAAAAGAAUUUGCAAUAAAAACGAGAGAAUAUGCGGACGCUGCUAAUGAAAUAAUAAUUAUGAAUAGAAAAAAUAUAAGUCUUCGACAAUUGCUUAAUAAAGAAACUAGCAGAUUAUAUGAGUACCAAAAAGAUGUAAUUAAAAAGGAGAAUGAUCUUAAUAGAUCUGUUACUGAUGCAAACAAAUACAAUAAAACGUUGCUAUCAGAAAUUUCACUCUUGCAAAGUAAUUUAAGCAAUUCUGUAAGCAUAACUGUGCAUAAUGAAUUGAAAGAGAAAUAUGAAGAAUUAAAUAUACGUCAUCACGCUUUGUUAGAAAAUGUAAUGAUAUGUCGUGAUUCCAAUGAAAUAUCAUCUCUGAAAGCUGAAAUAGAAAUGAUAAGACAAGAAAAAUAUCAACUCGUAGAAGAUUUGCGAAAAACGGAUAACUGUAAGAACGAUAACAAUUUGCAACAAAAAUUAAAAGAAAUAGAGGCCAAAGAAUUGAUCGAAAGACAACGAGCUGACCGGAUGGCUAGAUUAUAUGAAGUAUCACAAAUGCAAUUAACAAAGUGCGAAGAUAAUGUUAAACAACUCUCUACUGUCAAUUCAGAAAAUCAAGAAAAGAUGAUUCAGAUACAUCAAAAAUUAUUUAAGGAGGUAAUGUUGCAAGAAGCUACACAAAUAGAUGAUAAUCAUAUACAAGAAUUGCAAAAUGAAAAAAUACAGCUUGUUAUAGAGAUCGAAAGUUUGAAAAAAAUGUUACAAAUUUCUGAAGACGAGGCUCGUUUGCAAUAUUCGCUGAAUUCAUUACAAACAUUAGAGUUGGAUAGUCUUAGGCACCAAAUAUUAGAUUUGCAGGCUGUAAGUGAAGAUAAAGCCAUUAUUUCGAAACUUGAUUUCGAACUUACAAGUAAGAAGAUGUUAGAAAUGGAAUUAAUUACACAGAAAACGCGAUUGCAAAACGAUCUAUCUAGUAUGCAACAAGAACUUGAUAGUUCAAGAAAAAAAUAUGAAGAGAUGCGCAGUUAUGUAGAAGAUUAUCGGAAACAAUGUGACAAUCGUUGCAAGUAUUAUGCAGAUAUUAUAUAUUUUCUACAAUGUCAAUAUGCAGGAUCAACUCCCAUAAGUACUUUAGAAAAAGUAAUUACACUUGCUACGAAAUUGAAAAUAGAUCGUCAAAAUAUCGAUACAGAAAUGCAGAAAACUAAAAAAUGUCAUCAAGAUGUUAAAUACGAACAGCAACUCUUAUCUGCUCGCCUUGAAAUUAUCGAACGUUUGAAAGAUAUAUUAGAGCAACAAAUCGGUACCGGAAGCGUUCAAAUUAUAAUGGAACGUUUUGCUGAAUCAUCACAACAGACUCUAAGUGACUUCAAAUAUAAACGGAAAAUAGCUCAUUUAGAGCAUGAACUGCAAAUUGCUAAUAGUAAAUUCAACGAAUAUGAAUCUGUAAUAACAAGCAUGGAACAGGAUAUGUUAAAUAUGCAGAGAGCUUGGUAUCCGCAACAAGAUAAUCAGCUUUUAAUUAAUACACCAAAUGUUGAAACAAAAUCGAUUCAAGCAAUAACAGAAACUCAAGUAGUUAGUGUUCAAACAGAUACCUACACUUGCUGUUUAAAUCAAAAAGAGCAAGAUGUGACUGGAGAAAUUGUAAUGUUUAAAGAUAUUCAAAAAUCUAUUGAAUCGAGCAAAACUAUAAAAAAUAAUAAAGAAGCGGAAAAUAAAACAGAAGAAAACGGCAGUUCGGUAAUCCUUAAUGAGCAGUUGGAUCAAGCGCUAAAACUCGCAUCGGAACGCUCCGUGAUGCUUGUCAAAUAUGAAUCACAAUUAGCAGAGUAUAAAGCGAAAGUGGACGCUUUAAAUAAAGCAAUAAUGGAAAAAGAUUCGCAAUAUCAAGUAAUAGUGGAUACUCUGAACAAAGCGAUUGAGGAGAAAGAUUUAGAGUAUCAAACAAAAAUGGACAGUCUGAACAAAUCGAUUGAGGAAAAAGAUUUACAAUAUCAAUUAAAAAUGGACUCUCUGAACAAAGUGAUUGAGCAAAAGGAUUCGCAUCUUGCCCAAAAACAAAGUGUACUCGAUGAGUUAAUAAGCCAAUCACAUAUCACGAAUAUAGAUUGCACUGAUAAAUUGGCUCUGAAAUCGACGAUAAACAGUUUGCAGAAAUUAAUUAAUCAAAAGGAGGAGACUAUUUUGAGAUAUCAAAAUUUAUUGAAAGAAGAUAGAGACGAACAUAGUCGGGCAGCGAGUUGUUUUCAGAAUGAGAUUAAAAAUUUGCACGAUCGUAUUUUGACUAUGCAAAGUGAAAUAAAAAAAAAUGGAGGACCUGUUAUAAGUGUGAAAAAUAUUUUGGAGAAAACAUUAACAGUCGAUGAAACUGUAGCAAAAGUACCGAGAAAUAGUGCCGCGCAAGAAGAAGAAAUUGCAAGACUACGUGAGAAAGUGUCUACUCUCGAAGCAGAAUUAAAUAUCAGCAAAGAAUUGAGCGAACGUUGGCAUCGAUUAGCAGAAGAAAGAUUGAAGCACAUGGAUCGUAUGAGAGAAAAACAGGAGCAACAACAUAAAAAUGAAUUGGAAAGUUAUCGUAGCGAAUCGAAUAAAUGGCAGUCUGAAGCCGACACACUUAGACAACAAUUGUCUGAAAAUCGUAUGUUACUCACAAAAGGAAAUAUUUCCCUCAUGAAAGAACUACAAGAAAAAGAUGAUAAAAUUUAUGAACUAACUCUUGCAUGUCAACAAUUACAGAAUGAAGUUGAAUUAAUAGAAUCUGUAAGUCGAUCUCAGCAAAUGAUAGCGCGAGAUACAAAAGUAAAUGAAACGCCACAUCAUAGUCAUCGAGAUCAGAUGCAACAACAAAAUCAAAUAGAUGUUUUACGUCGACAACUUCAAUCUUUAAUAGAAAAGGAAAAAACGUACAAAUCUGAAAUAACUGAUUUAAAGCAGCAACUCAGUCGCAGAUAUAUGGCGACAAAAUCUCAGGAGAAAAAAAUGUCGCAACGUGAAGCGCAACUCGAGCGUAAAGUAACAUCUUUAGAAGAAGAAUUACAUAAAACAAAGACACAGUUAGAUCGAGAAUAUCUGGCACAGGAAAUUAAAAAAGCUAAGACUGCAGAAGAACUUUCAUUAUGGGAAAAACAAAAAAAGUGGCAGCAAACAGCAGAAAAGUUAAAAGAAAAACUUAAAGAGAAGACUAAUGAAUAUGAAAAAUUACUUACAAAUUAUGAGAAACUUCGAUCUGUUGUUUCGUGUAUGGAAAAAGAAAAAUGGCAUUUGAGAAGUAAACUCAAACUUGAGAGUGAUACCGGUAAUUCAUCGAUAAGACCCGUUUCAACUAUCCAGCUUAAUACAAUAGAAAAAGAAUUAGAAAAAGAAUGUCGAAUAUUAAGAGAACGUGUUAAGGAAUUAACUGAUCGUUUAGAGAAAGAAAGUAAUGAACAUUUGAUGCUAGAGAUAGCAGAAUUAAAACGACAUAAUGCGGCUCUGGAAGCAGUUUCUCAAGGUAAUACAUGUGUAAUUAGUCAAUUGGAGAAAUUAGAAACGACUAAAGAUAUUCUUGAAAAGAUGAAUCUCAAAUUAGAAAGUGAAAAUUUCGAAUUACGACUUGAAUUAGAAAAGGCGAAUUCAGAUACUCCGAGAUUGCGAGAAAAGGUCGAGCAUUUAGAAAAAUACAUCAAAUUAUUAAAAGCAGAAAAAUCUUCCGAUUCUACUCCUAGAUCAUCAGAUAAAGAAUUGCCAGAAUCAGACAACAACAAAAAAUCUAUCUUUGAAAUGGAGAAAACAAUCUUUACACUGAAGCGAAUCAUCGAAAAACUUCAAGCAGAGAAUAAAAGGCUGAAAUUUAAUUCUAAAAAAAAUCAUUUUUUAAUAAGCCAAGGAAAGACAAAUACUAUCGAUGGAAAUAUUUUACUUCAAAGACAAUAUGAGGAAUCUCAGAAACGUGUGAUAAGUUUAGAGUCAGAUUUACAACUAGCUGAACAGAGAUUAAUUAUGUUAGAAAAAGCUCAAAAGGAAGAUGAUAAUGGGGAUUUUCGUAUCUUGAAGCAACAAUUAAUACAUAAAUCCGAACUUUUAGAAAAAGUGAAACAGUUAUUGACACGAGCAGCUAUCAAUGAAAAGUCAUUGCGGCAACGUGUGCAACAACUAGAAUCAAAGCAAACCCUAUCGACAAUUCCAGAAUGUUACGUGAUUCCACCUACACCAGAAUAAUGGACGACUUGGGAGUAAAUUAUUUAUGGGUUAAUGGUAAAAAAACACUUUUACUGAGACAAAUAUAUGCAUUUAUUUUAUAUACGUCCUUCAAUUAAGAAUUUGUGAACUAUGUAAAGCGUUGUUUCUGUAUUCAUUCAAUAUUUCUUUCAGAUAAUAGUUUUAUAAUAGAAUUUCUCUCAUAUUAUCAAUUUUUGUACGUGCAGAUGCAUAAUGUUUGUCACAAUUAUCAGUGUAACAUAUUGUUCUAAGAACAUUGUCAUUUUCUUAUUUAUAGAAAUUAAAAUAAUCCAUAAUCAAGCUUUUCUUACUGAUACUUUGAUUGAUAUAUUUUAUGCACGUAUCGCAUAUAACAAAGAGAUUUUAUCUCGUUGAUAAAUAUGAAUUUAAUUUUCGUUGACAAAAACAAUAUUGUAUACAACUAAAGAGAUCUCACAAUCCUAUAUAUUUAAACAAAAAUUAUA